AUGUUCAUAUUUGUUUGUGGUGACUCCCGAGAAGCAGCAUCCGUCAGAAUUUUUAGACGCGCUAAGGUGGUACUCUCCAUGAGAGGAACCCAACCCCAUACAAACAAUCUGGGAGGCCAAGGAGAUCAGCACUAUGCGCAGCCGGAAGUACAUCACGCAAGACGUAUUCCACUAGUACACGUGCAGCCACAAGCUUACGCUCGACAAACUCUAUCACCUCAUCAGCAGAAGAAAACAGAGUAUAAACGGAACUGCUACAGCUACAGUACGGACCGUGGAGAUGAGAAUACUAACUCAACCCGGCCAACUCGGAUUAAGUCAGAAGCGAGCUCACGAGGUUGGGUGCACAUGUCAAAAGACGAGAUUUUGUGCGAACUGUUCCUUGAGAAGAACAUCGAUCUCCGCAACUCCAUAAAACUUGGCUGUGGACGAUACAGCAAGGUUAUUACGGGUAAUAUGGUGCCUAGCGGAGAAUCGGUUGCAAUCAAAAUGAUCAACACGCAAAAAGUUACCGAGGAGUUUCGCUGCAAAUUUCUACCUCGUGAAAUCGAGUGCUGGAAACGCCUAAACCAUCCGCAUCUCGUUAGAAUUUUGGGUCACUAUGAGGCCAUGCAGCAUGUGUUCCUCACAAUGGAGUUCGCCAGUGGAGGAGACAUGCUUCAACAUGUUCAACGGCAAGGGCCUGUAAAUGAACACCAAGCCAUGAUUUGGAUGUCUCAAGUGAUCUCGGCUGUAUAUUACAUGCACACGAGAGGCAUAGUCCACCGUGAUCUCAAACUAGAAAACAUUGUGAUUUUCCCCGAAGAAGGAAUAAUCAAAAUCGGCGACUUUGGAUUUGCAAGAAGUGUGAUCAGAGGUGAUGCAUUAUCGGAAACGUACUGUGGCUCAAAAUCAUACUCAGCUCCGGAGAUUCUCAAAGGAGAACCAUAUGACCCCUAUAAGUCGGAUGUAUGGUCAGUGGGAGUGAUUGCAUUCGUAAUUGUCACCGAUUGUAUGCCGUAUUGUGAAAAGCGACCGAAUCCUGAGAUAGUGGAGGCUCAAAGAAUGCGCGCUUACGAGUACCCACAGAAGCUUCAUCUCUCCGCCGAAUGUCGAUUUUCGAUCGACACGAUGAUGACGUUCUCAUGGCGUGAGCGGCCGAGUAUAUCUCACUGCGGAUGUCUGCCGUGGUUUCAAACACUUGUGGCCCCGUGCAAUACUGCGCAUCUGGUGAAGCCACCGUUCUUUCGGCUCAAAUAGGCUCCAUAGGCAAUAAUCAUGAUUCCAGUUUUACUAUUUUGAAGAGAGAUUACGCAUAAAGUUCCGAGUGGU